UGUGCCUCCUGGAAUGACCCAGGUGUCUGAAGAAGAGGACCUGCAGGCAGCAGAGGAGCUCAGAAUCAAAGCCCUGUUGACUGGAAUGGCUGCCAUGGCAACAGAGGAGGGGAAGUUGUCAGCCAGCACAGUGGGGCAGAUUGUUGGACUGCAGUCUGAGGAGAUCAAGCAAAUUGACACUGAAUAUGCCGAGAAGAUAGAGCGCUCAGUGGAGGAUCGGCCAGAGAGAUUUGGACCUGUUCAGCAACACCGGCGACAACUGGCGUCACUCAACAAACAAAUCACUCAGAAAACAAAAGAACUGGAAGAGCUGCACACAGCAUGAAGCCAGAGCGACCUGUGAGGAUGCUAAAACUACUAAAAAAAACUAGCCGCGGUGAAACAGGUGGACAGACAUAUGCUGACAGAUAACUGGUUGAAUUGGACCAUUAAUAUGUCUUUUUGUUUUUAGGCCACAGCACAGACUGAAGAUCUGGAGCGAGAGCUGAGUUCACUGGAGGACGUGGAGUCUCAGACGGAUUCUGGAUAUGUAAACAGAGCACCUGUAAGUAUCUAAACAUUAGGUUGCAUCUGAAAUCGCUCACUCUCUGAGUAAGUUCUUCUUUUGAACAAGUACUUCCUGCUAUAUAGUAGGGAAGUAUGCAUAAUCGAAGGCAGACAUAAUUUCAAGUAAUUUUAGACAAUACAAUCCAUUCUAAACUUGGUGAGCUCUCUAGUUAGACAGCAUUUUAACAUUGCUGACAUGAAGGCACUUCCAAGAGGUAGCUAAAAUACCAUGUUCUGGCCAAAUUCUAAAGGCAUGGCCACAUUAGUAAAAAUUUGAUGGGAAAUCUUUCGUCAACACACAAAACUCCUGAUUGUGUGGAUUCCUAUUGAAAUUACUGCAUUUCAUCUGUAAAGUACACAGAACAACUGUAAAUGUGGGUUACAUAGUUCUGUCUAACUAGUAAUGGACUAUUUGCUUCUUGUGUAUGAUAUGCUUAUUGGAACACAAUGCCAUCAGCUUAGCAUCACACUAACACCAAACUGUAUAGAAAUCUGCCAAACAGCCUGAGAAUUCUUAAAAAGUGUCAGUGUCCAUGUGUUAUUUUGAAGUACUGUGUUUGUUUUGAUCUUUUUUGGGUUACUGGAGAAGCUUCGUGCAUUGGUGGCCAUGAAUGAAAACCUCAAACAUCAAGAGCAAACGUUCUGCUCACACUGUCACGUAUGUUACGGUGACAACAUUGUUGUUGCAAUAUCUUUAAUACACACCCCUUUAAUACACAAGUCCCAAGUGGCACUUCAAAACACACUCGCAUUCCCUGAUGUUGGUAUUUCAUUGUAUUACAGCCUCAUGCUGAGAUCACAUCUGCUUUCAGUAUGUUUAUGUCAGCCUAGAUUAUCUUGGGUUCAGAGACUGUGAAGCAUUUAACUAAUGCACUGUUUAACUAGAAAUGUUUUGCGCCUUAUUUAAACCCAUAAUGUAUAUAACACAUAUUCCCUUACUAAUCACUUUUGUUUUUAUAUCAUAAUAAAAAUUUGCCAUCAGAACAAAACCCAUUAAAGGAGAAAUGAACUAACUGCUUUGUGCAUGUGUCAUGACAUAUGACCAUAAGAGUGCAAUAGCAGUGAUUUUAUUAAGGAUUUAAACCUCAUUAAAUCAAUUCCUUUGGCAUCACAAAAAUAUUUGCAUAGCAUUUUAAAAGUUUUUACCGUAUUUUUCGGACUAUAAGUCGCAUCAGUCCAAAAAUACGUCAUGAUGAGGAAAAAAAACACAAGUCGCACUGGACUAUAAGUCGCAUUUAUUUAGAACCAAGAACCAAAAGAAAACAUUACCGUCUCCAGCCGCGAGAAGGCGCUCUGUUCUCAGUGUAGUCUGCAGGAGCACUGAGCAGUAUAGAGCGCCCUCUUGCGGCUGGAGACGGUAAUGUUUUCUCUUGGUUCAUUUCUCUUGGUUCAUGUCAAAUUAAUUUUGAUAAAUAAGUCGCACAUGACUAUAAGUCACAGGACCAGCCAAACUUUGAAAGAAAAGUGCGACUUAUAGUCCAGAAAAUACGGUAAUCCUUUUAACAAGUAAUCAUUUAUUUUUAUAUUGGUGAAAAAAUUAAAUAUUUUCAAUGGAAAUUGUUUAAUUUAACAGAUCACUCUAAGAUUUUUUA